AUGCAGAAAGAAGACGAAAAAGUUGAGGCCGUGGAGAGGGUCCCUGACCCGGCAGCUGCUGAUCUGGCGACAUCCAAGACAGCAAAAGUCGAGAAUGUUGCUUAUAGUGAUGCCAUUGCAAAGGACAACCUCUCUCCGCGCGCAGCGUCUAUUCUCAAGCUCUAUGCAAUUAUUGCUCUUGUCACGUUGAAUAAUUGCGGCAAUGGCUUUGAUGGAACUAUCAUGUCAUCCAUUAACGCUAUGGAUCCCUUCCAUAAGUUCUUCGGCACUGAAAUGCAAGGUUCCUCGAUUGGAGCCGUCUUUGCUCUCUACAGCGUCGGAAAUAUUCUUGGCUGUCUUGUUGCUGCUCCUGCUGCCGACAUGUUUGGACGAAAGUUUGGCAUGGCCACCGGAUCAAUCUUUGUCAUCGUUGGCACUGUGAUCCAAGCGGCGGCCCAGAAUGUGGGGACAUUCAUGGCGGGGAGAUUGUUUCUCGGUUUUGGCUGCACCAUCGCAGUGACUGCAUCUCCUAUCUAUCUCGUUGAGAUGGCCUACCCUUCUUGGCGUGGAACCCUGGCUGGUCUAUAUAAUGUUGGCGGUUGGUAUAUUGGAUCGCUGACAUCUACAUGGACUGCCUAUGGAACAGGACGAUUAACUUCGAAUUGGUCCUGGAGGAUCCCCAUCAUCAUUCAGGUCGUCCCCGCAACUAUCAUCCUUUGCGGCGUCUGGUUCAUCCCGGAAAGUCCCAGAUGGCUUAUGAGUCACGGCAAAGAAGAGCAAGCACGAGCUGUGCUCAUCAAGUAUCAUGGAGAUGGGAAUCCUGAAUCAGCUGUUGUGAAACUCGAGCUUGACGAGAUGCGUGCAUCCAUCGAAUACCAAGCAGAAAUGGAAGCCAGCCAAAAGUGGUGGGAUUACCGGAUGCUCUUCGACAACAGGGAGAACCUGCACCGAUUUUACUUACUCUUCUUGGUCGCCAUUUUCUCUCAGUUCAUCGGUGGCUCAGUCAUCACCUACUACAUGCCCGUCAUUCUAGAGAAUGUUGGUAUCACCAGCUCUUCUCAACAGCUUCUCCUCAACGGUGUCAAUGUCAUUUUCGGGUUCUUCAGCGGCGUUGCAGGUUCAUUUGGUGUUGAGAAGUUUGGACGCAGGCCUCUAUUUCUUUGGGGUACCUUCUUGACAGGCCUCGUUUAUAUCCCAAUCAACGUCAUCGCAGCCAAAGCUCAUGGUCACGUCGAUACAUCGACCGGUUACGCAUUCAUUGCAAUGAUCUUCUUAUACGGUAUCUUCUGGUCUUUCUGUUGGACGCCUCUGCAGUCUCUAUACCCAAGUGAGGUCCUGCGCAAUGACAUCCGAGCAAAGGGUAUGGCCGCCUCUGGCUUCUUUAGUGGUGUCUCAGGGUUCAUCAACACGUAUGCCACACCAGUCGCUCUUCAAAAGAUUGGUUGGAAGACAUACACAAUUUUCCUCAUCUUGCAUUUUGUGGAAUGGGGGAUGAUGUAUUUCGCUCUCGUCGAGACCAAAGGCCGGUCGCUCGAGGAAAUCGACGAUAUCUUCAAGUCUCCUAAUCCUGUCAAAACAUCCAAGCAGAAGCACGAGGUUUACAUCAAGGAAGGUGCAGGUGUCACUGCCGACUUGGGCGCAAAGGAAGCCUGA